AUGAUGUUCGGCCCUGGACAACGGCGACCUUGCACGUGCGAAAGCGGGCAGGGCAAGCGCCAUUUUUAUAUUGAAGGAUACGACUCAAGUAAAGGAUCCUCCUCGGAAGUCGAGCUGGUCAAAUGCGAUGAGGCAAAUAUUAUGCGGGCGCUCUCCAUUUUUCUCUACGUUAAAAACUGCGAGAUCUUCGUAUAUUUAAACAAAGCUGAAAACAAACGUUUUCUCAACUUUGAAAGAUCCGAGAUUAUGGGCCCGCGCCCGACCAUUUCGCUGAAUUGUCUCUGCGAAGACCAGCUGAAGUUAUCUCUUCUGGCCUUAGAUUGCUUGUUUCCAGGAACAUUUGCUUUUCUUUUUGCUUUGGCCGUUCAGCUCAGCUUCAAGGACGUCUCCAGCUUAUCUUCAAUGUGCGUGAAGGCAUGGAGCAAAGAGUAUCUCAAGUCCGUCCGCCAGUCGCUGUAUCCUGUGUCAAUGCAAUCAUAUAAGCAUAUCCACGGACAGCCCUAUCGCGUAUUGGUAAAAAAAAUUUACCAGCACACGAGCUCGAUAGUGAUGGGGUUGAAAAGGGCAAGUGACAGGAGCUUUAUUGUCACUCCUAUCGACUGCGUUAUCCACUCAGACGACCUACUGUUUAUCUUGUCGCGGGCAAACAACAUCGUCACAAAAGUGAUCCCUUUUUUGAAAACUUUCGGACUUAAAAAAGAGGCAAAACGGAGCGUCCGGCUCAGUUUACCCCAAGUGACGGUCAGAGCAGUAUCUACGCAUCCCAAUAAAGCCCAGAAACCGAUCAUUUCUAACCUUGUACAAACCCGUCCAGCAACACCAGCGUCUCCGUUAAGCGAUCCUUGGCUGCACUAUCCAGACGUUGCCGAGCCGUCGAGUACUAUUUUAACUUCUACUGAUUUGAGCCCGAUCAGAGAGGAAGUGCUCGGUUCUCAAUUUUUAAAUCAGGAUUACCCUAUAAACUUUCCUCCACUUCCCCAUGAGGGGGCUUCCGCCCAGCUUUCCUACUUGACUAAAACACCUUUAUCUUUAUCGGAAAGUACCCUCAAAGAUCCACGUCGUUUAAAAGAGGGGCACAUCAUUUUGUUUUCAAGAGACCAUCACAUCUAUUAUUUUGUCUCUCGCUUACGCCGGGCGAUUGUGACUCCAUCAUUUCUGAAAGAUAUUGUACUAUUAAGCCCCGACCCGCCACGCGAGUCUGUCUGGAGGCAGUACAGUUGUUUUGCCGAUGUUUGGUUUUUUCAGGGUCACCCGUACGACAAGCAAACAUUAAAAAGUAUCGGUCUUGAAAAAGCAAGUUUCUUUAUACUACUGAAGGGUAGGCAUCACGCAGAAGACCCAUGCGUUAGCGAUUCGGAAAAUGUUUUAUUAGCAAAGUUUAUUAAAGACUCGUGCAGCAGACCCGUUGGGGACCCGCCACUUCGCCUUGUAACCGAAUUAGACUGUCGAGGGUCUUAUAAAUAUCUGUGCAGUGACUUUUACACAUACGAAAAGUACUCCAUCGGAUCCCAUGUGGACUUUUUGUUCGAAGAAAGCUUCUGCAGCGGUAAAGUUUGGUCCAACUUUUUAUUGCAAUACUUGAUGGUUCCGAUGAGUUCAAACCAGUGUGUCUAUGAGUUUAUCUGCAGCUUGGCAGAGAUCGAAGAAAAUUCAGCAAUUGCCAACCUCCACAAAAUCGAUACUCCGGUAGAGAUGGUCAAUAAGCCAGUACAGUAUUUUUUUGAUUAUUUUUUAGAGAAACAUAACUUCCUGCUUAUUGGGAUACAACGAGCAGUGCAUUCAAUUUUGGAAAACACCGCUCCGUACAGCGUUUUAAACCCGAACAACAAGGCAAUAGUUUACGCGAAUGACAAACUGUUUCUAGUAAAAAUGGCGCAAACUAAAAGCUUGUAAUGUCACAUAAUUGGGAGUUUAAGGAAAGCGAAUAUAAAACAUGAUAAAAGGCUUUUAUAGUUUUAUAAAUUUCACUUUAGCGCAGUAAAGUGUCAGGGUUUAUCGACCUUG